GUGUGCAUAUUUUUAAACAUUCUCAAUUUGCUAGAAAAUUAUUCAAUAUUGAAGAGAUAUUAUGUAGACAUAAAAGUGUACGACAAUUAAUUGAUAGUAAUAUAGGUGAAAUGCAUAAUUCCGACUCAUUAUUCGGUCAGCUGAUCAAUGAUUCGAAAUUGAAUUUAACCAAAACCGAUAUCUCACGUCUUUCAUUUGAAUUUAUGGCUGCUGGUACUGAUACAACAUCUUUAACAUUAACAUGGGCUUGUGAUUAUUUAGCCAGAACUCCAUCGAUCGAUUCAUUUAAACUAAGCUCCGAUUUUAUUGAUAUGAUUCAUCGUUGGGCUAGUGUAGUUCCAUUAGCUUUGCCUCAUACAGUACGUGAAUCAUUUCAAUUGAAAAAUUAUCACAUACCAAAAUCAGCUAUUUUAAUUUAUAAUCUUUAUGCUGUUCAUAAUAGUCAAAUAAAAAAUUUACUAAAUAACAAAAUAGUAAAAUCCAAUGAAAUUCAACAAAGUGAUAGGCCAAUACCAUUUUCACUUGGUUCCAGAUCAUGUCCAGGUGCUCGUAUAGCCAAUUUACUACUUGAACGUAUUUUAACAGCAAUCAAUGAAGAAUUUCUUAUUCAAAAUGUUAGUCAAUCACCAAUUGAAACUGUGAAUCCAGAGGAUCAAGAAAGUUUUACACCAUUUGGUAUUACACGUACUCCACAUAAAUCUAUGUAUAUAUUUAUGACAAAAGUCAGCAAUGGUACAUGAAGAACAAAUAUUUAAUGGAUCUAAUUUUUUGCGCUAAAUUUUCAAAUAAACAUUGCUUCCAUGUUG